GUCAAGGCCUAAUAACGCAUGAAAUGAGGUCAAAGGUUGGAGUGAUGUUUGGACACUGCAGGUCAUUGACUUUCAGUCUACACACACAAACACACACACACACACACACACACAGUCGUCCUAGUGUCUGCUCAGGAUGUCAUCUUCUGAUUGGCUGUUGCUUCUGAGCCUCUCGUCGCUGGUCUCGGGCUCCGCCCACUUAGACAUCUGCACCGCCAAACCCAAGGACCUCCCCCUAGAGCCGCGGUGUGUCUACCGCCGGCCCGAUGCCGACACCCCAGAGGAGCCAACGGACGAGCCGGUUCCUGAGUCGACAAACCCACGAGUAUGGGAACUGUCAAAGGCCAACGGACGCUUCGCUCUUUCCCUCUACAAACAGGUGGCGCUCAGCAGGAGCGCCGACAGCAACAUCUUCAUGUCCCCCCUCAGUGUGUCCACCGCCUUUGCCAUGACCAAACUAGGCGCUUGCGAGCACACGCUGCAACAGAUCAUGGAGGUGUUCGAGUUUGAUUCCAUCAAGGAGAAGACGUCGGAUCAAGUGCACUUCUUCUUCGCCAAGCUCAACUGUCGUUUGUACAGGAAGAAAGAUGCCACCACCGACUUGAUCGCCGCCAACCGACUCUUUGGAGAAAAGUCUCUGCGCUUCAACUCAACUUACCAGAACAUCAGCGAGGUCGUUUACGGUGCCAAACUGCUGCCGCUCAACUUCAGGGACCACCCGGAACAAUCCCGCCUAACCAUCAACCAGUGGGUUGCCAACAAGACGGAAAAUCGCAUUCAGGACACACUGCCAGAAGGGGCCAUAGACGCCAACACGGUUCUGGUCCUGGUCAACACCAUCUACUUCAAGGGUCAGUGGGAGAAGAAGUUUGACAAGGACAAUGUCUACAUGGCAGACUUCCGUGUGGACGCCUCUCGCACAUGCUCUGUCCACAUGAUGUUCCAGGAGAACAAGUUCCGAUAUGCCCGUUUGCCUCAAGAGCGCGUCCAACUGCUGGAGAUGCCUUACCGUGGCCGUGACAUCACCAUGGUGAUGGUGCUUCCGGGCCUGGAUACCUCACUCACGCAGGUGGAGGCGGGGCUUGACCUGCACACACUGAGCGGCUGGUUGGAUAAGAUGAAGGAGACCAGCGUAUCCGUUCACAUCCCUCGCUUUCGUGUCGAGGACCGCGUCCACCUUAAGGAGAAGCUGCAGAACCUGGGCCUGACGCAUCUGUUCAGUCCGAGCCAGGCCAGCCUGCCGGGUAUGUUGGAGGACGACAGCGAUGGCGUUUACAUCUCAGAUGCCUUCCAUAAAGCCUUCCUGGAGGUCAACGAGGAAGGCAGCGAGGCAGCUGCUGCUACCGCUGUGGUGGCUGUGGGUCGCUCCAUCAACUUGAAUCGGGAGAUCUUCAUGGCCAAUCGUCCCUUUUUGCUCUUCAUCCGGGAGUCGUCCAUCAACACGCUGCUCUUUAUGGGCCGUAUGGCCGACCCCUGCCAUCUUUGACCCUGUUAAUCAAAACAUUCAUCAGUCGUGAGACUGAAAUAUUUGACAAUCCUAAUAAAGUCAUUUUGAUGUGACUCAA